GCACUGCCAGUGAUGGUAGAGCGGGUGAAGGCAUAAUGGAAGGCUUGUGCAAGUGAGGUGCUGACAUGGAUCAGCUUAAGAAGUUCAACACAUGGCUGAAGGAGCACUCGAAGCAGGAACCUGUUCGUUCUGACCCAAAGGGUAAAGAGGAGGACCCUUUCCUCUUGGAGGAGGACCAGGAUGAGGAGAUCGGCGGGUUGUUGCAGCAAUAUGGCGUUCUCCUGGAAUACGAGAGAAUGCAGGAUCUUCUGCCCUCUGGCAUGUACGUCCUGCCAUGCUUCGACUCAGUGCUCACCUGGCAGGGGGCGCUCUUCGUCCGACAGGGCCUCUACAAGGGGGCAGUGUUUAAGUUCCGACUGGUCCUGCCAGAGGAAUACCCAGACCAGGGCCCAGACCUGUACUUUACGUCAGAUGUUUUCCAUCCAAUGGUUGACCCAAAGACUGGUCAAGUGGAGCUCGGGUCUUUAUUUCCGGAGUGGCGACCUGGCAGGGACUUUGCCGCGUUUGCAUUGCCCCAUUUGCAUCGAGCGUUUCUUCGACGCGAGUACUUCGCCAGCAGUUCUCGACCUGCUUUAAAUCCGGAGGCCAGGCAGCUCUUCAUCUCAGACCCUACAGCCUUUGCUGAGCGUGCCAGGAGUUGCGCCAAGACCAGCUUGCUUCAUGUCUACGACAAUGCUUCCGGGUCUGCCCUCCAGUUCACAAAGGGGCCAAUGGAGGCGCAUGACACAAUCAUUGAGCACCUCAAGGCCGACACGUCCUCUUCACUCGAGGAGCGCAAGACGGCCUUCAUCGACUGGUUCUGCGACCACUACGCGCACAAGCGCACCCGAGUGGGCGUUGCGCAGGGGGAUGCGGAGGCCGAGACCAUCCUUUUCGACGCCAAGGCGCAGCCAAAAGCCGGGUAUCCCAAAGCUCCGGUCAAAGCAGCGCCGCCCAUCCUCUCCCGCAGCAGUAUCCUCGGGGCUGGAAAUACGCCAAGCGCCGAUGAGGAGUUCUUCUAGCCAAGUCUGGCCUCGUUUCACUGCAGAAAAAGGUUGGCAGAGCAACCCUUAUGGGGGCUAAAUGAAC